CAAGUUGCAGCAAUGGCAGACAUUAUCAUCGUGGGUGGCGGAUUAGCAGGCACCGUAGUCGCAUCGCGCUUACACCAAAGAAGACCUUCGCUGUUAAUCGUUCUCAUUGAAGCUGGACCAGAUCCAAAGAAUCAUGAUCACGUACUGAACCCUACGGAAGCUAGCCUACUUCACUUCUCAGAUCUAGACUACAAGUACUUCACCACGCCACAAGAACAUCUGGAUGGGAAACCAAAAUACAAUUGCGGUAUCAAGGCCCUAGGUGGCGGUUCAGUCAUUAACACCGGCGGUUGGAUUCGAGGAGACGCUCUCGACUACGAUGAAUGGGCACAAGACGUAGGCGAUGAACGCUGGAGCUACAAUGGCCAGCUUCCAUACUUCAAGCGCAGCGAAAAACACUUUGAUCCUGAAGCUGAUCCUGUGCAGCAUGGCUCCGAUGGGCCAGUGCAUACUGCAUCCGUCAGGUCGACCGGUCGUAAAUACCCGCUGCGUGACACUGUGCUCAAGCUUUGGUCACGUCUAGAUCUAAAGCAUAAUCACGAUCUCAAUGAUGGCCGUCCUCAAGGUAUCAGUGACCUGGUCGAGAACUGGCGAAAUGGGAAGCGACAGGUCGUGCAGUCUACGUAUCCUCUGGGAGGCGUUCAGGUGCACUCCGACAGUUUGGUACAGCGCGUUAUCAUUGACGAGACAAAGACUGCCACCGGUGUUGAGCUCGCUAACGAUGAGAUCAUUGAACUGAAGAGAGGAGGGCAAGUGAUCAUCUCAGCCGGCGCCUAUCGGACACCACAGGUUUUGAUGCUUUCCGGUAUCGGUAACUCUUCGCACCUUUCCGAAUACAAAAUCCCCAUCACUGUCGAUCUACCAUCUGUGGGUCAAAACCUGCAUGAUCACCUAGGGCACUUCCGCUACUGGAAGCUUAGGUACCCAGAGAAGGGCCUUGCACUCGGAUCACCCGAAUUUGGCGGUCCAAAUUACAACUUGGGGGGACCAGUGGACUUCCUAGUUCGGGCGCCGAUCCCUGUCGAGCCUCUUAAAGCUGCAAUUGAGAAUGAUGAAGAAUUGGUCUCCGAUGAUCAUCCGUUGCUCAAGGGUCCGCGUACGCACUUGGAAAUGCUUCUUCUCUACGGUGCUUUGGGAGCAGAAAUACAGGGCCUGCAGAUUCCCCUCGAUGGCGCAUCUGUAUCGACAUUCGUCAUGGGAUGUCUACCUACAUCUCGAGGCUCCGUCACACUGGCUUCCUCCAACGCCACCGAUGCGCCUAUCAUCGACCCAAAUUACUAUGCGACGGAGAUGGACCAACACGUCAUGCGUGAGGGCUUCAGAAUGCACUCGCGACUGAUGCUUGAGACGCCUGAAGGAAAAGAGCUUGUUCAAAGUGAGCAUACACCUCCUGGAUAUCCGAUUCUUGGGACGUAUGCUUCGGACGAAGAGAUCGAUGCACGGAUUAGGAUGGGUGCGACUACAGUGUUCCACCCUGGUGGUACUGCGGCCAUGGGACAGGUAGUGGACAAUUCCCUGAAGGUCUAUGGAAUCACGAACCUACGCGUCGUAGACGCAAGUGUGAUUCCGAAGCCGUUAGCAGCACACUAUCAGGUUCCUGUUUAUGGCAAGUCAAUCUUCGAAUCAUCCUCUGUAUCGCACUGCUAACCUGCUCCUCAGCUAUGGCCGAGCAAGCCGUGGACAUUAUCUUGAGUGAGACUGCAGCGUAGGGAUGCACAAUUGGGGGUAGCUUUGCUGUUGUCGGCCAUGAGCCUACGUAUCUUGGCCAGACUUGGUUUGCUUUGUUGCAGUGUGUACAGUUGAUGGUUCACAUACUGGUUGCCCAAGCGUGCUUUAAAGUGCUCCGCGUAGGCUGACGCCUUGUUGCCUGGUUUCGGCGGGGCUGUCGGGAAACGGCAAGGGC